GUAGAAUAAAUUGAUUGAUAAUUGUAGAGGUUUGGAUAUCCGACAAACAAUAAGUCAAGUUAAAGGAUAGUCUUAAUUGGAUUUCGUCAAGAUGGCUUCUUCGGCGACAGAAAGAUUGCAUAAUAGUGUCCUAGAAUUUAAAGGUGUCCUGUCCGGAGGACACACCGGCUGGGUUACAUCUAUAUCUACUCCUUCUAAGGAGGAUGUCAACACUAUCAUUUCUGCCUCCAGAGAUAAGAAGAUUAUGAUCUGGGAAGUAUUUGAUGAAGAAGUCGAUGGUCAAAUUGGUGUUGCCAAGCGCGCUUUGACUGGACAUUCCCAAACUGUCCAAGAUGUCUCAAUGUCCUCAGAUGGCCUUUUUGCCCUUUCUGGAUCCUGGGAUGGAACAUUGAGAUUGUGGGAUUUAGUAAAGGCUGAAUCAGUUCGUGUAUUUAAUGGCCACACUAGUGAUGUAAACAGUGUAGCCUUCAGCCCAGAUAAUCGCCAAAUUAUAUCUGGAAGCCGUGACAAAACAAUUAAACUAUGGAAUACAUUGGCCGAAUGUAAAUAUACCGUCACUAAUUCUACACACACCGAUUGGAUUUCAUGCGUGAGAUUCUCUCCUAGCUGCAUCGAACCCGUAUUCGUCUCCGGUGGUUGGGACAAACUCAUCAAGGUAUGGGAUUUAAGAACAUGCCAAUUGAAGCAUGAUUUGGUUGGUCACGAAGGUGUCGUAUACUCUGUUUCUAUUUCACCUGAUGGUUCUUUGUGUGCCUCUGGUGGCAAGGAUGGCGUUGCCAGAUUGUGGGAUAUGAAGGAGGCCAACAGCUUGCACUUGUUAGAGGCUGGAUCCACCAUCAAUGCCUUGUGCUUCUCACCAUGCAACUAUUGGCUAUGUGCCGCUACAGACAAGGCCAUUAAAGUUUGGGAUCUUGAAAACAAGAAUGUUCUCGCAGAAAUUCACAAUGAUCAUCCUAGGAAGGUUGGUUUGCCAUGGUGCAUCUCCUUGUGUUGGUCAUCUGAUGGUCGCGUUCUUUACGCUGGUUCCACCGAUGGUAACAUUUAUGUUUACCAAGUUAGUCGCAACUACAGCAAGCUUAUUUCUUAAACUCAUUGCUUUUUAUU